AUGGAUCUAGACUACCAGCACGAACAAAGAAAAGUGCUCUCUCACCAGAGCCGUUGGAUUUUUGAAUUUUACUACCGCAUUGUGUUGGCUCAAGUCCUUGCAAUGGCGGCCUCCAUGGAGGUAGAUGAUGAUGAGGAGGAUGACUGGAAUCCAGUGGUGAAGCCCGGCGUGGUCUUGCGGCCCCACGUCCUGCAGUGGAAUGGCACAGGGCCAAAGGAAGGUCAAGGAGAUCGAGACGUCUUAGAGGCGGAUCCCCUCCAUGACCCAGAAGCAGACGACGAGGAUCAGAAAUGGGUGGAGGACCAACUCCUGCAACCCGACCAGAGCAAUGUGCGCAGCACGGAUGCAGUGCUGAACUGUCCAGGAUGCUUCACCCCAGUGUGUUACCAAUGUCAGCGGCACGAGCGUUACUCCAACCAAUGGCGGGCCAGCGACGUGCGGAACUGCACGGUGGACCGAUCCAUCGCCCUCUCCAUGGCCAAGGAUGACCCCAGCAAGUACUAUGCGGUGCGAUGCGAGACUUGCAAGGCCGACGUGGGGUACCAGGCACAUGCCAGCAUCCUACAAGUUGUCCCAGCUGCGCCCGAAGCGGCGCCCGAAGGGGCCUCGCGGGACCGCAGCCGAAGCCCCCGUUUUAUUGGUCUAGAUUUUGAUUGCACCAUCACAAUUCGACAUUACUACAAAUGCAUAGCUGAGAAACUCUUGGGGAAGCAAGUCUUCAGCCAUCCCCACUCAGCGGUGUUCAAUGCCUGGCUGAAGCGCCACAGAGUGAACUUGGAGGUCUUUUUGGGUGGCGAGGAGCGCAUCCAAGAGUUGACCGAGUGGUUUACCAAGAAGACCAAUGAUGGAAUCAGCUUCGCCAUCAUCACAGCUGGUGUUGCCAGUACUGUCUCUAUGGCACUGGAAGCAGUUCCAGAGUGGGAUCGCUUCUUCCCCACCGACCUGGUACUCGACCUGAGUGGAUCCCGGCACCAGGUCUUAUCCGUCACCGGGCAGAAGGCCUUGAUGCUACGGGAUUUGCGGCCCACGGCCACGAGGCUUGUACUGGUGGAUGAUUCUUUGAGUGAAGACCCCAUUCCCUCUUGGAUCCUCCGCCGCUCGCAAGUGAAGCCCAUUGCACUGCCCUAUGAGGGACCCGGCUUGGAUGGGCGCUCCUGCGUGCUUUGGGCGCGGCUUCAAGACCUCACCUGGCAACUCCUUGACGCUUCGGAGGCCUUGGCACUGCAGCGGCGCCGCGGGCGCUUGCUGUGGACCGACCGGGAUCGACGGCGAGGCUACGUGGAGCAGGACGAGGAGACUUUGAGGCACAUGGAAGGUCUUUGCGAUCGUGGCGUGCUGAUGAUGUCCUGCAUUUUGCCGCCAUCCUCGUACUUUACAAUGGCAUUCCGUGAGCUGACCCGGCAUGAAACCAUUUGGACAGGAUUUACCCAAGAAGAGAUGGAAAAAGGUCGCGGUCGCGUCUCCAAACCGUCGAUCCGUGGUGCAGACACCUCUAUACACACCUGCGGACACCUGCCUACGAGGAAGCCCAUGGAAAAGGUCCUCGGACAGAUCCAGAAGUCCAUGGAGCCGGUUGCCUUGGACGGCGGACGGAAGGCCUUGAUGCAGAGCUCUGGGAACAUUGCAGACAACAUCCGGGAGUGCAUCUCACGGCAGGAAAGUCUCCUUCCGAUGAUCGCCGUCCUACAGAUGAACAUCGCGCGGGCCCAAAAGGCCAAGAACGAGCAGCUGGAGCGUGCGCUCACCUUCCUCUACAACACUAUCAACGAGGAGAUGGAGUCAAAGGUACCCAUGGUGAACCGCGUGCUGAGCCGAUGCCUAAGCACUGAGGACCCGGAACCGAGGAGGGAGCUCUUGAAGGUGUAUUUCAGUGAGAAGAGUGAAGAGGAUAAGCCAAAACUCAUGGCCGAAGCGAUUGUAGGCCUUGCCAAAGAGGCGCAAGGGCAAAAGGAUCAAGCUGGUUUUGAUCUGGAGAGUGCUUUGGGGCGAAUCCGUGAAGUGGCCCUGGAUGUGGGCGUGGUGGCCUCUGAGGUGUGUGGUGAGGAGGCGUGGCGCUUAGCGCGACGCUCCGCGGCGUGGCGAAGAAGCAGUCCGCGGAGGUUCAGGAACAGUUUAUGGAAGAUAUCCAACCGCUCUUUGAUCUUUUGGUCUAGGCCACGCAGAAGCAGCACAGACGGCGGAUCAGCGGUAGACACGACGGUGGAUCCCGAAGUGAUGGCCUUUCAGAAGGCGGCACGCCAUGUGAAGCUGGAGACAGGUAAGCUUUGGGACGCGGCCCAGCGGCGGCUGGAUUCUAAGACCUUUGAGAACUUGAAGCGGCAGGAGGAGUUAGAGCGGGCCCAAGCUGAGGUGGCCUUUGAAAAAGCUCGGCUGGAAGCGACCUGGGCGAUGCUGCGUCAAAGCGCCGACCGCCAGGCCUUGGCAGAGAUCGCGCAACGGGCAUCCGGGGGCGAAGGUCGGUGCCUCUCCGUGGAAAAGGCUCGGCAGCUCUUCGAUCCCAGCGGCCUCGCGUCGACCUGCCUUCAUCCGAUGGAAUCCAAAGAGAUGGACUGGCAGAUGGGUGGAGCCGUCUCCCCGCAGCACUCCAGGUCCAAUACCUUUCGAAAGAGACCGCACAAACCGGACCCGCUCCGGGACCCGGUCCGCUGCGAGGUCGAGGUUGGCCUGGCCCGGCCCUUCUCCCCACCUGUUGUACGGGAGUCCGGGUGGCGCCGACCGUUUCGGCCAGAACAGGCGGGGUGGCAUGUGCCAGCUGAGUCAACGGAAGCCGCGUUGACAACGCGGAAAUGCGGUGGCGGUGUGGACUCCACCCAGCUACGCUUGCACGGUCGUUGGAUGGACUUAGCCACCCAGGCAGCCGAAGCGCCCACCUCAGACGCUAAGAAGAAGCUACUUGGUUCCGAAGGUGACGUUGGAAAACGCACCGCCUCGCAGAUCCUGGGGAUCAAGUUGAUCCUUGGCGGGAUGGUUUUGAUCUUCGGGGACACCGUGCUGUUGCCCAUUGCACUGGCCUGGGAUAUCUCGAUGUUCGAUCAGAGCGGCCAGGGUAGCAUGUUAUACGUCAGCUUUUGGAUUAGCUUGACCUUUUGGACCCUCGAUUUGGCGGUGAACCUCAACACGGCCACUUAUCGAAAGGGCACGCUGUUGACCUCACGCACACGGAUUCUCAUCAGCUACAUGACGGGAUGGUUGACCUUCGACCUUCUCCUCCUGUGCUUUGAUAUUGUUUAUCUCACCAGCGAGUCCUAUGUUUCGGUCGAGUUUCGAUUGCUAAGAGUGACCCGGAUCCUACGCCUACUUCGCCUGCUCCGGAUGCUCAAGCUGACGAAGGUCAAUAGCAUCAUCGAAGAGAGUGCGGCCAACAGCGGGCGUCAGUGGGUGACCGUCGUGAUCGCGAUCGUGAACACCACGAUGCUCAUCCUGGUUUGCGUGCACAUCCUCACGUGCAUGUGGUUUUGGGUGGGGCGCCUCACCGAGAUCCCAGUCUAUGAGGUCUCAGAAACUUUGAACGAAUAUGGCAACCUGGACGCAGCAUGGUGUGGCUACCCGCUGACCCUCACUGGAAGUUGGACACAGCUCGCCUUCGCCACGGAUCUCAACGUGCAUCCCGCCCUACAGUACCUCCAUGCCAUGAGAUGGAUCGUGAAUAGCCCAUCUCCGCCGGUGCUUGACCCCAACAGUGGCCUAGAACGAGGCCUGGACAUCGCCGUGUCCAUCUUCGUGAUCGCUGUGAUCGGUUCCGCGGUCUCCAAGAUCAGCGGGACCUUGGCGGAGUUGAGAGCCAUGAACGAAGCGAGAGAUCGUCGAAGGCGCGAGGUGCGCCAGUACCUCAGCAGCCAACAUGUCUCCUUUGAGCUCGUGGGUCGCAUCAUGCGCUUUGUGGACUACAGGCUGGAGAAGUUUUCCACCACAGCACUUGAUACAUCCCUGAUUUCGCCCACCUUGCAGCUGGAGUUGUACGUGGGUCAGCGAAGCAACUACGUUCUUGAAAUGCCCAUUUUCAAGCUGCUGAACGAAUGCUACCACGAUGUGUUUGGAUCGGUUUGCGCGGCGCUAAACAAGAAUGUCUACGAGAAGGAAGAGAAUGUCUUUGUGGCCGGAUCAUGGGUCUCCUACCUACACAUCACCGCAACCGGCACCUAUGACUACAUUGAAGGCUUUGACCAAGAAGGUGAAUGCCAUGAAUUCUCGGGCGUCAGGUGGUUCGGUGAGUUGAGCCUUUACACCGAGGGCACGCUGCAUCAGUCCUCGUUGUCUGCGCAGAGCUUUGCAGAGACCUUCACCUUAUCGGGCCAAGACCUCGCGGAGUGUGUGAAGCAGUCCAGGGGAUGUAUGUCUAUGUUUUGUGACUACGCCAAGGACUUUGUGUCGGCGAUGCAGGGCACCGCCACGAAGUGUGGAGAUGCGGAUCAAGUGGAGAAGGCCGCAUGGCUAGCACCUGAGGAGUUGUAUCCAGAUCCCAAGACGCGCUUGCACAACAUCCAGAUCCCCAGCACGGCGAGCACCGGGGGCGAGAGCUCCGAAUUAUCCGCUUUCGCACCCGGUGAGCAGGCGCGUGACGAAGAACGCACAGAGAAGUCGGAGGACGUGAAGAGUGCUCACUUUGACUUGGUGGACUUUAAGCUCAAGCGCGAGAAAGCAAAAGGAUUGACGGAUCCAGGCCUGGGCGGUUGGUUGUCUGCGAUGAUGAAAGCAGGGCAGAGCGUGGAGCUCGAUGAAACCCUCCCAGCCAAGUUGCAGGACUGGUGGCUUUCCAUUGAGCUUUUACCCGAGCUCAGCCCGGAAUUCUCUCCACACAUCGUCUUCGAGCAGAACGCCGAGCGCGACCGUGCAGAAUCCUCCUGUGGCUCGGAAGCACCGGAUCCAGUUGAGACCGGUCUGGCCCUGUCAGCAUGGACCCUUGGGACCUCUCACCUGGAUCGCUACGACAUCUUCACCAAGCCACAGGCGCCGAACGUGAAGCUGCGGGCCGAGUCGCUCGGUGACGCAGCUUCCGGCAAUGGCAUGAACUGCAGGAACUGGUGCGAUGGAUUGAAGCUGGGCAGCAGUAAGGUCCUCCUGGCCGUGCGGGGUCUCGGGAAGUCCAAGUCGGUGCUUCAGCAGAUGCCUCGUCACAUGCGACGCCCCGAGAAGGCCGUGCUCUUUCUGAUGGAAAGCGCCUCGGAAUGGCCGGGGAUGGCCGUCGCGAUCAGCGCGUGUCCGGUGGCGGCUCAAAAGAACAAGGAUGGGACCUUCAUCAACGAUGCCUUGGCGGUGCAUGAGCUCUUCAACUUGGCGCAGAUGUUGCAAGGAGAGAACUUGCCAGGGAACAUUGCACAGCUUCGAGAAUGCAUCGAUGAGAAAGGUCCCGAGGUCUUCCGGUUUUACAUUCUUUUCCUCUUGGGCUUCAUGAGUGGCAUCGCCGCUGGCCAGGGCUCCCGCUUCAUGAAUGGAAAGAAUGCCUCGUCAGUGAUCAGUGGUGUUCGACUGCUGAAGCGUUUGAUGGAGUGCAAUCCCACCGCCAUCUACUGGGGUUACUUAGAGGAACGAGCGCAGAAGCUUCGGGUGAGCUUCUAUUCAGCAGAGGACUUGGUUUUGACGCGCUUAUCAUGCCUUGCUCGUGCACAAGACGAGAAGGAUUAUUUGCUUUUGCGCACCUCUUGGGAUGCUCUAAAGGCCAGAGAACGGCUGGCCUUGACCGACCACUUCUUGGCGGAUGGGAUCCAGGAUCAAGCCUUUGUGCUGGAAUUUCUCCCCAACUGCAUGGCAAAUGCUAAGGCCAAUACCACUGUCGGCCUCGUCGGGCUGCUGGGUGUGUUGGUGGACCUCCUGAAUAACCUGAACACCAGUGGCCUGGCAGAAGCGGCUAGAGACAAAAUGAUCCCCGUGGACCUCUCAGAGAUGGCGGAGUUCAUUGCUGUGGUCCAAAAUCGUUUCGUCUUCUUGACAUGCAAUUGGGGGCGCACCACCGAUCCAGAUUCCGACAUGACCAGUCUGGCAUACACGCUGCAGGACAUUCUGCAGAAACAAGAGGUCUUAGAGGAAACUUGGCUUGCACCGAGGAAAGCCGUGGAACAUCGGCGAAGGCAUGAAGACCCAACUGCGCUGGUCACGCCUGAAGGGAACACUCGUGCCAGCAGGCUGAGCGCGACGCCGGACAUGCACCUCGAGCGGGUCAACAGCACUUUGGCAGCCGAGAAUCGAACUGGGCGCAACAUGUAA